CUUGAUACUCAAGUAUUCACUUAGAGGCACAGCGUCGGGCUUGAGUCAAUUCUGCAGCAGCUUCCCCAAGCUCACAGUCAGGGAUCUUCAGGAAAGCUGAGCAGGGUCCUGUCCAAGGUAACAAGGGAAAGAUAAGCCCAGGGCAGCAGAGAAGCAACUUGGCAAGUUUCGAGAGCUUCCAGCCAGUCUCUAGAAGAGAAAUUACAACACAAUGUGGAUUUGGUGGUUUUGGUCUUGCCUGGCACUCUGCACAGCAGACGAAUACAGGGACCAAGCAGUGAGAAUCAUGAGUGAGGUGCCCUUAAUCGAUGGACACAAUGAUCUCCCGUGGCAAAUACUGACUAAAUUCCAAGGGAAGCUGCAGGAUCAGAAAGCCAACCUGACCUACUUGGAGGGGACACACACCAAUAUUCCGAAGCUGAAGAAGGGCUUCGUGGGUGGCCAGUUCUGGUCGGCUUACGUGCCCUGUGAUACCCAGAACAAAGAUGCAGUGAAGAAAACCCUAGAGCAAAUAGACCUCAUUCACAGAAUGUGCCAGAUGUACCCCGAGACCUUCAUGUAUGCCACCAGAAGUUCAGAUAUAAGGCAGGCCUUCACCCAGAAGAAAGUGGCCAGCCUGAUCGGUGUGGAGGGCGGCCACUCCAUUGACAGCAGUCUGGGUGUCCUCCGGACAAUGUACUCCCUGGGCAUGCGGUAUAUGACACUUACCCACAGCUGUAACACACCCUGGGCUGACAACUGGCUGGUGGAUAAAGGAAAUGACAAAGCCCAGAGCAAUGGCCUGUCACUGUUUGGAAAAGAGGUGGUGAAGGAAAUGAACCGCUUGGGCGUGAUGAUUGACCUGUCCCACGUGUCCGAGGCCACCAUGAAGGCUGUGCUGAACCUGUCCCAGGCUCCCGUGAUCUUUAGCCACUCCUCUGCCUAUCGCUUGUGUGCCCAUAAACGCAAUGUGCCAGAUAACAUCCUCCAGAUGGUGAACAAGACCAGAAGUCUGGUGAUGGUGAAUUUCUACAAUGAUUAUGUUUCCUGCAAGAAAGAUGCUAAUCUGUCUCAAGUAGCAGAUCAUCUGGAUUACAUCAAGAAUACUGCUGGUCCGGGAGCUGUGGGCUUUGGUGGGGACUACGACGGUGUUGAAAAUGUCCCCACAGGGCUAGAAGAUGUCUCCACCUACCCAGACCUGAUAGCUGAACUUCUCAGGAGGAAAUGGACUGUAACGGAAGUGAAAGAUGCCUUGGCCUAUAAUCUGCUAAGAGUCUUUGAAGAGGUAGAGAAGGUUAGUAACCACAGUGCCCUGCCUAAUGAGAACCGCAUCACAUAUACUGAGCUGGAAGGUAAUUGCAAGACCCACUUUGGCUUUCCGGACCACAGCCACCAGCACCUGCCUGGAGUCUUACCUGCGGUUCUCACUUUUCUACUUUCCCUCUGGCUGCUAUGAUCCUGUUCACCCCACUGCCAGCCUUGAUUCACAGGCUGUCAAGCAGGAGCCAAGAUAACCGCAGGGCUGGAUCUAGCCCAAGACCUCAAAGAGAGGCCAAAUCUAUCUUCAAACCAAGUAUCUCCUGAUUUGUCUGUUUUCUGAAAGGAGGAUGGUUCCAUUUGUGAUUAAGGCAUCAACAUGCUCUUUCCCCAGAUCCUUCAAAUAUACCAAAGGGAAGAAUCUAACCUAUGAGAGACAUUUGGUGAGUCUAAUCCAGGUCUAGAAACACAUACACACA